AUGGAUCGCCAAAAUAGCACGGCGACAACCCUGACACAGGAAACUCCUCCACCUCCUUAUACCCAGUACUUAGACGAAGAGGAUGUCGAGAGAGAAGCCGAGGAUGUAGAAGAGAUCUCUUCUCAAUCUAGUAAAGGGCUAGAUCAACCCCAUCCUCCCAUACAACCGGCCAUACACACAACAAGUGCGUUUCCGACGUCGUGGGGUCUCUACCGUUUGCUAUCGAUGAGCCGACUGCUUAUGGUAGUCUGUCGUGAACGCGGGCCCCUCUUCGCGGUUUCAAGGAACCCGGGAUGGUGGCACAAACUUCCUGAACUUGUACUACAUCGUGGACCCUGUAGGGAACUGCCGGCUUUGGCUGCUGGUAUGGGAGGAGUUGGAGUAGGGAGGCAUUCUACGAUCGUGCUCCCGCCAUUGCCGGGAUCCGGGCUAAAGUCCUCGCAAGAGAUACUGCGGCGGGUGGAGGCCCAGGACCAGGCUGAGGAAGGCCAGCCAGAAUCACACGUGCGAUUCCAGUUCACGAUCGAAGUCGGCAUUCAACCUGACCAAUGGAAGCGCGAGACAUUUGAGUGGCGGUACGACGAAGGUGAAUUCAUCGCUGUUUUCCUAGAGGGUGCGACAUCUGGAUGGAAACUAGUGCGUCUAGCCGAUGAAGAAGAGAGUAGCGAUUAUGAGGGACCGGAGCCGGGCCCUAGACAAGAGAUUGUAGCGGUAUGGGCAUAUACCAGGAUGAGCUUGACGAAGGUUCUCAAGUUCCGAUGUCUCGGAACCGGGGCGUCGGGCGUCUUUGGGGAAAGAUGGACAAUAAUGGCAGCGAUGACGGCGCUACGGAUGUACCAGCGUCAACAAAAGAAUCGGCAUAAAGAUUGGUAA